GUCUGUGCGCGCCCUCCCCAGAUGCAUAACUGGCUGCGGCAGACACCGCCUACCCCGGAGUUACGAUUCAGGCGGAGCGGAGCCACACGCCCAGGAGGAGUCUUGCGAGCGAGAGGGUGAAGCGCAGGCGGCGGCGGGCCGGGGAGGCGACCUUCCCUCGCAGAUCCGGCUGCCCGGACAAGCAGCCCGGCGGUGGGGGAGUCUUCGCCAGCCACAACUCUCCCCCGGCCUUGCCUGAGAAGUUGGAGGGAAGAGGCGCGCUCAGCCAGAGCCCUGUCCUGGGGACGCGGCGGCGGUGCUGUCUUCUGUUCUGAUCCCUUGGGGCGGCCUCUGCCUCCGCUCACCAUGAAACUCGGCCUCCUCCUGCUCAGCGUGCUUUGCUCUGCCGGGGCAGAGUCUCUGGAAGGUGGGAUCUGCUGGCUGCAGCAAGGGCGAGACCCCAAGUGUGCCAUGAUCCUCCGGACGGGCGUGACCUGGGAAGAGUGCUGUGCCAACGGGAACGCAGACAUGGCCUGGUCCAACUCCACCCACCCGGACAACAAGAUCAGCCUCCUCCGGAUCCUGGGGCUGGUGAUGUGUCAUCCUUGCAAAGAGUCCUGCGAAGGAGUGGACUGCGGGCCGGGCAAAGUCUGCAAGAUGAAACAGGGGCGCCCUCACUGCACCUGCGCCCCGGACUGUUCCAACCUCCCCCGGAAACUGCAGGUGUGCGGCUCAGACGGCUUCACCUACCGGGACGAGUGUGAGCUUCUGACGGCCAAGUGCAGAGGCCACCCAGACCUGGAAGUGAUGUACCAAGGCCGCUGCAAGAAAACGUGCUCGAGUGUUGUGUGCCCUGGAACCCACACGUGUGUCGUGGACCAGACGGGCAGUGCCCACUGUGUCAUGUGCAGAGCUGCCCCGUGCCCUGAGCCCACCAGCAUCGACCACGCCAUCUGCGGGAACAACAAUGUCACCUAUCCCUCCACCUGCCACCUACGGCGAGCCACCUGCUUCUUGGGGCGGUCCAUUGGAGUCCGGUAUUACGGAAGCUGUGCAGCUCUGAACAAGUAUCCCUUGGACACAGAUGACGCUGAGGAAAACUACAUAUAAACACCUCCUUGCGAUCUGUCCGACUUCCAAAAUGCAGGGGCAUUAUCUGCGAUAUUGUACAGUCCGUAUAUAUCUGAUAUUUAUUAAGACCAAAAGAAAACCCUUAUUUAUAUAAAUAGAGAUAGAUGUUGGCUGAUGUAACCUAGACAUAUCUGUCCCAAUUUCCAACGUCGGAGUUAAUUUGAGAAAUUUCCCUUGUUGAACUGGAAUUUAGACAGGGUGGAAAGCAGGGAAGAGUGGACCAGAGGAACCAUGAAGACAUGGGAUGGAGAACAGCUGGACAAACCAAACAUUCACCUCCUUUGCAGAAGUUGCACUGUUUGGUAACAUUCCGUGGCUGAUGUUUUCCUGCUCAGUGGUUGGAAUCCGACUCCCAAAUGUUCUUCUUGCAUCAUGGCUGUCCUGCAACAAUGGGUGGAGGGUGGGCGGCCAGGACGGGGCAGAGACUUGCUCUCACAGCCAGGCUUUAGACUAUAUUCUCACGUUUUUGAUUCAUCACCCAUGCCACUGAGGGCACUGCAGGCUGUGUAAAUAGCACCUUUCCCCCAACAACGUGGCUUUCAGAAAGGGUCACUUUUUGUCUCUUUCUAUGUUGAAAAGAGCCUAUUUUUUUAUUUUUGUAUGUGCGUGUCCUGAUCUUUUUACAUCCUUCGUUUAUUGCCAGGUGGGUCAAUACAAUACAUUUGGUGUCUUUGCACAAA